AUGACUCCAAAACCAAACACUGCAUCCCCAGCUGCUCCGGUCUCUCUGCUGAGCAAGGACUCUCCGGAUAUUGAGGUAAAUCCACACAAAACUUUGAUCUUUCAAAAGAUCAAAUCGUACUUGCAUUGCCAGCCUAUUAGUGUUUCAUUUCUCUCGAUAAGACUUUCCGAUAAUCAGCGCACGUGCAGUGUCGUACACGUGCAACGGUUGACCGACGUGCGCAUCGAAUCCUUGCAGCGUUAUCAAGUUUCUCACCGAAAACUACCUUUGAAACGUUAUCGAAUGAAUUUCAGGGAAUGUAAAAAGUAAAUUUCAGAGUCUUCUCACUCUGAACCCAAAAGUUCAGUCCAGAGCGAAUGCGAUUCCGAGUGCCGUGACGAAAAAGAACAAGCAUAACUGGAAGAGAAAUGACGAAAAGGGUUGUGGAGCGGUAAUUUCGUUGUGUUAGCACUGAUACGAAUUUUUUCCAAUUUGAGACCUGUGGUGAAUCCAAGCUGAAGAAUGACUUCCGCGACAUCAAGCACACCACUUAUAGUGAACGCGGAGCUUUGAAAGAGGCCAUGAGGUAUGUGGGAGACGAGUAACUUCAUCGGUGACGUAGUGAUCUCCGCAAAACCAACUUAUUGUUUUGAUGAUACUGAUUCUUCUUCUCGACGCGUAGAAAACACAUUAGUCUUAAACCAGAUGAAGGUCAUCACAGUCUUUUUUCAGGUGUUUGAAGUGUGCUGAUGCACCGUGCCAAAAAAGUUGUCCGACUCAGCUGGACGUCAAGAAUUUCAUUACGAGCAUCUCGAACAAGAACUACUAUGGAGCUGCUCGUCAGAUUCUGUCGGACAAUCCAUUGGGUCUUACCUGCGGAAUGAUCUGUCCCACUUCGGACCUUUGUGUUGGAUCCUGUAAUCUGCAAGCAAGUGAAGAAGGUGCUAUCAACAUCGGCGGACUUCAACAAUAUGCUUGCGACGUUAGCAGUUAACCUAAUUCUGAGCAUUACUUAGCAGUUCAGUUUCAGGUGUUCAAGAAGAUGAACGUUCGUCAAAUUGUGUCCAAAGAAAUCCGGGAAAACCGUAACGCUUCUCACAAGGAGCAGAUCGCUCUUAUCGGAUGCGGACCGGCCAGUAUCUCCUGUGCUUCGUUCUUGGCCCGCUUGGGAUACACUGACAUCACCAUUUACGAGAAGCGAGCAUUCAUUGGAGGACUUUCUUCCGCUGAGAUCCCACAAUUCCGUCUCCCAUACGAUGUCGUCGAUUUUGAAAUUCAAUUGGCGAGAGAUAUUGGAGUAAAGAUUGAGACAAACAGAUCUCUUCACAACGAUGAUAUCACUCUUACCAAACUUAAGGUACUAGUAGAAAAACUAAAAUGUAGCAAAUAACCUGAAUUUUAGGAAAGCGGAGCUGCUGCUGUCUUUGUUGGAAUCGGAAACCCAGAGCCAAAAAUCGAUCCACUUUUUGAAGGGUUGACUACUGAAAUGGGAUUCUACACCAGCAAAAACUAUCUUCCGUUGGUCGCCGCCGCUAGCAAGCCAGGAAUGUGUGGCUGCAAGCGUACUCCGUUACCGACCUUGAGAGGACGUGUCGUGGUUCUUGGAGCAGGAGACACCGCAAUGGACUGUGCCACGUCUGCCCUCCGAUGCGGAUCUUCCCGUGUCACUAUUGCUUUCCGUAAGGGAUUCACUGGAAUUCGCGCAGUGCCCGAAGAGGUUUGAUCUCUCAUUUCUCUUUUCAUUCCAUUUCUUGUUCUUUUUGAUCUUGUGAACAGUAAACCCUUUAGAUGGAAGCUGCGAAGGAGGAGAAGUGCGAGUUCCUUCCGUUUUCGGCACCCCGCAAGAUUAAUGUGAAAGAUGGCCGCAUUGUGUCGAUCGAAUUCAACAAAACCGAACAAGACGACAACGGCAAAUGGUCGGUGUGAAAUGAGAACAAAUGAGUGAAUUUAGGUGAAAUUUGUCUUUUGCAGGUACGAGGACGAGGAACAGAUUGUCAUCUUGAAAUGCGACUACGUGAUUUCCGCGUUUGGAUCCACGUUGAAAGAAGAUGCAGGUUAGUUGCCGACAGAAGAGUCCUGGCAUUGUUUCUCGACAAGAUUCUGAUCGUUUUCUUCUUGGAUAGCCAUGAAAAAGCACCUGUUGUUGAUCUUUGAUUUACGAAAAACCAGUCGCUAUUUUAGAAUUGAUCAUUGAACUAUUACAGUCCUAUCCGCUCUUCAACCAUGCCAGCUGAACAAGUGGGGUGGAAUUGAUGUUAAUCCGACUACUCAGCAGACUUCUGAGAAAUGGGUCUUUGCGGGAGGAGAUGUUGCCGGCGUUGCUGAGACUACGGUAGAGUCCGUCAAUGAUGGAAAGGUGGGAAACAGGUCGAAACAGGUCAACUCGGAGCAACCUUAUAAUCAUUCAGAUUGCCGCCUGGAACAUGCAUCGCUACAUUCAGUCUCUUCACGGAACACAAGUUUCGGAAACUCCACAGCUUCCAAAGUUCUUCACCCCGAUCGACGAGGUUGACAUCUCCGUGGAAAUGUGCGGAGUCAAAUUUGAGAACCCAUUCGGACUCGCUUCUGCUCCGCCAACCACCUCUGGACCGAUGUGUCGUCGUGCUUUCGAGCAGGGAUGGGGAUUCAUUCUCACCAAGACAUAUGGUCUUGACAAAGACUUGGUCACCAAUGUCUCGCCACGUAUUGUCCGUGGUUCAACCAGCGGUCCACUCUUCGGGCCUAACCAGGGAUCGUUUAUGAAUAUCGAAUUGAUCUCGGAGAAAGCCUGCGAGUACUGGCUUCAGUGCAUCAGAGAACUGAAGCGUGACCACCCGACUAAGAUUGUGAUCGCUUCUAUCAUGUGCACAUACACUAAAGCGGAUUGGGUCGAGUUGGCCACAAAGAGUGAAGACGCUGGAGCUGAUAUUCUCGAGCUGAACCUUUCGUGCCCCCACGGUAUGGGUGAGAAGGGUAUGGGACUGGCUUGCGGGCAAAACCCAGAAAUUGUAAAGGAAAUCUGCAAAUGGGUCAGAGCCGCCGUGAAGGUAAGCAGAACUCUAUGAAGAUAUUAUCCGAAUAAUAAUUUUAAGAUUCCUUUCUUCCCAAAGAUGACUCCAAACAUCACUGAUGUCCGUGAAAUCGCCAGAGCUGCUAGAGACGGAGGAGCCAGUGGAGUUACCGCCACCAACACCGUUUCUUCUUUGAUGCACAUGAAGGCUGAUGGAACCGGCUGGCCAGCAAUCGGAACCGCCAAAAGAACCACGUACGGAGGAAUGUCCGGAUCGGCUAUCCGUCCGAUCGCCAUGAAGGCGGUCUCUUCAAUUGCCAAUGAGCUCGACGGAUUCCCAAUCAUGGCGACCGGAGGAAUUGAAAGCGCCGAAACCGGACUCGGAUUCCUCAUGGCCGGAGCGUCGGUGCUCCAAGUCUGCUCUGCUGUUCAAAACCAGGAUUUCACAGUUGUCGAGGACUACUGCACUGGUCUCCAGGCCCUUCUCUACUUGUCUGGAGCUGAGUCUCUCAAGGAAUGGGACGGCCAGUCCCCGCCAGUCGAGAAACACCAGAAGGGAAAACCAAUCCUCGUCCAGGGACAAAAGAAACUUCCGUUCUUUGGAAAGUUCAGAGAGGAGCGCGAGAAAAUGGAGGCUCUCACUCUUUCCGAGAAAAACCUUCUCGACACGGAAGAUUAUCACUUUGCCUCGAGGCCAGAUACUCAGGUCGCUAAAGUUCCGACCGUCGAGGAUGUUAUUGGAAAGGCUCUUCCGAGAAUUGGUCCAUACGUUACUUUGGACAACCUGAAACAGAAAGUUGCUAUCAUCGAUGACGUUAGUUUUCCGAAAUUAUUUCUUUUGAUAAUUCUGUCUAUUCAGGAUAUGUGCAUCAAUUGCGGAAAGUGCUACAUGACUUGCAAUGAUUCCGGGUACCAGGCAAUCACUUUCGAUGCUGUCACUCACCAGCCGCAUGUGACCGAAGAUGAUUGCACUGGCUGCACUCUUUGUUACAGGUAACGGCUGGAAUUCAGAGUUCAAAGAUGAAAUUAUUAUUUCUAUUCUAGUGUGUGCCCAAUCCCGGAGUGUAUCCAGAUGGUCCCCAGAACAGGACCAUGGAAAGCUCCAAAACGUGGUGUGAAACCUUCGGUCGAACCAGGAACCCCGAAGGUUGUAAAGGUUGAUAAGCGCGGAAGAGUCAUUCUCGAGUCGACUGGCGGAAUGCAGUAA